AUGGGAUCAAUAUCUGAAUUACGAAAAAUGAACCUUAUUAAACUAGUAAAAACAUUAUGUGGCUCAAAAAAUUUUCCAAAUGUUGGUAUAAUGUUGGAGAGAGUGGCAGCUUCUAAACCUCAUAGUGCUGAUGUUGAACGUUUGAUAAGUGCCAGAAACUUAUUAAAAUCACCAUUAAGCUCAAAUAUGAAUAUUGAGACAGAAAACUUGAGCUUAUAUAUAAAUUAUAAUAUGCCACUAUUAUACGGUUGGGAUCCUAGGGACACAGUUUACCAUUCGAUGUAUAAAAAAAACAUGGAGUCCUUAAAAGAAUAA